AAGAUGAUUCCCGAGACCACGCAAGUACUGAAAGAUUCAGGAGCACGCUUCAUUCUAUGCGGGCUUUCGUGCAAAGCGGACGCAUCCCGGCCUAUUCACUCGCAACCCUGUGUUAAAGAAACUUAAACAAAAUGGGAACCAAGAAGAAAAAGGAACAAAAAAAGGAGCCGGAGAAGACUCUAUCGUAUUACCAAAUAUUUCGGUACGCAACAUGUACGGAGUUAUGUGCAACUAUCUUGGGCAUCAUCUUCGGGCUAGCCAGCGGCGGAGGCGUCUGCUACAACUUGGUGCAGAUUGGGGAGCUCAGCACAGCCUUUGUAGAAAGGACCACUUACAGAGAGCGCAUGACCAGCUACCUGCCGCUUACCGUCGCCUUUGGAGGAGGAAAGAGGCUAGCGAACGCGUCGUAUGAAGAGAACAUGUUAGCUCUGAUAGAUGACGCCAAAGCGAUGGCGAUCGGUCUGUUCCUGAGUAUCGGCGUGUCACUCAUUUUCUGCAUGCUCUCCGUCGGCCUGAUCGGGUGGAGCGCGUUACGCCAGAUAACGCGGAUUCGGAUGAAAUUCUUGAGGGCGGUGCUGCGACAGGACAUGUCGUGGUUCGAUACAGAUUCUGAAUUCAACUUAGCUUCAAAAAUGUCUGAGAAUCUGAUGGCCUUGAAGGAAGGUAUGGGUGACAAGGUGGCCGUGGUGUCCAAUUUGGUGGGCACUGCCAUCAUCUGCCUCUGUACAGCUUUCCCUCUCGGCUGGGAGUUGACCCUGGCUUGUGUCUCCGUCAUGCCUUUCUCCAUAGCCGUCUCUAUUCUUCUAACUAAUUAUCAAACAAAAUCGUCUAUAUUAGAAAUGGAAUCGUACAGUCAAGCUGGCAAACAAGCAGAAGAAGUACUGAAAUCAGUUCGAACUAUUGUAGCCUUCAACGGAGAGAGUAAGGAAGUUGACAGGUACACAAAACUACUGCAACCUGCAGAAAAACAAGGCCGAAAACGUGGUCUGUACACCGGCCUUGGUAACGGGUUCAACUGGGUUCUCACGUACUCCCUAAAUGCUAUCGGUUUCACGUACGGCACCAGACUCGUCUUCUUAGACUGGGACAAGCCCGAUGACGACCGCAAAUAUUUAGUCGGAGUCGUUUAUAGUAUACUUUUCGGCGUAUACAUGGCAACUCAGUCGAUGACGUUCUGCGUGCCGCACGCGGAGGUGUUCGCGGCGGCGCGCGGGGCUGCCUCCACUAUAUUCCAGCUGAUCGACCGCGAGCCACUUAUCGACAGUUUGCAGCAGGGAGGGCUGUCCCCCAGGAGAGUCAUUGGCGAUAUUUCUUUAGAAGACGUUCACUUUAGCUAUCCAUCACGACCUGAAGUCAAGGUCCUCAAUGGGUUUUCCAUUAAAAUCAAAGCUGGAGAGUGUGUGGCUUUAGUCGGCUCUUCUGGCUGCGGCAAGACAACUAUAUUACAAUUACUUCAACGACUUUACGAUCCUCACUCGGGGUCAGUGAAGUUGGAUGGCAAAGAUGUCAAAAAUCUCAAUUUAGGCUGGCUUCGCUCCUGCUUGGGAGUGGUCGGUCAAGAACCUGUGCUGUUCCGAGGCACAAUUUUCGAGAACAUCUCUAUAGGUUUUCCUGAAGCCACUAGGGAAGAAGUUCAGACUGUGGCUGAAAUGGCAUACGCGCAUGACUUUAUCACCAAUUUGCCUAAUGGCUACGACACAGUGAUAGGCGAGCGCGGCGCGUCGCUGUCGGGCGGACAGAAGCAGCGCAUCGCGAUCGCGCGCUCGCUGCUGCGCGAGCCGGCCGUGCUUCUGCUAGACGAGGCCACCUCCGCGCUCGACCCGCACUCCGAGCGCCAGGUGCAGGCCGCGCUCGACCGCGCCAGCCUCGGCAGGACUACCAUCAUGGUCUCACACAGGCUGUCCACCAUAACUAACGCCAACCGUAUUAUCUGUAUGGACCAAGGAGCUAUCGUUGAAGAAGGAACACACGAAGAGCUGAUGAAAACGAAAGGUUUCUACUACAAACUAGUAACCACAGGAAAUGAAAAUAAGGAGCCUGAAGAAAUAGAGACAGUGGCAGAAGAAGGAGAUGGUGAAGAAAACGGUGAACCCGUGCUAGCUCCUCGCGCUGAUGUCAAGAGGAAAUCUAAUAGACGCGUGCACAGACACCAUUCAAUUAAGAGAGAUUCUCAUGACUGGAUGACUCCUCGUGGGUCGAUAUGCUCAGUGGUGUCGACUGGCUUGCAGAACUUUGUGUAUAAUGCGGACUAUGAAUCUGAUGAAGAAAAGGAUGAAGAGGAAGAAGUAAAACCAGUUAGCGACUGGCAAAUUUUGAAACUAAACGCUCCAGAAUGGCCGCUCAUCACAAUAGGAUCAGUAGCAGCAUUUAUUCAAGGAGCUUGUUUCCCCGUUUUUGCGUUGCUUUUUGGAUUUUCAAGUGGAAUUUUCAUUCUAGAUGAUAGAAACGAGAUCCUCUACCUAGCGGAUCUGUAUUCGGGUAUGUUCAUUGUGGUGGCUGCCGUGGCUGGCGUGUCCAUGUGCCUGCAGAGUACUACCUUCACUACGGCUGGCUUAAAGAUGACCACAAGGUUACGCCAACAGUACUUUACUUCUCUACUCAAACAGGAAAUCGGAUACUUUGAUAAAGAGUGCAACACAGUUGGUGCGAUGUGUGCUAGGCUGAGUGGAGACACGGCAGAAGUGCAAGGUGCCACCGGCCUGAGAAUAGGCCUCAUACUGCAAGGAAUAAGCUCGGUGCUCGUUGGCUUCCUCAUGGCGAUCUGUUAUAACUGGAAACUCACUCUAGUCGGAACAGUUUUCUUGCCUUUGAUGGUAGGCAGCAUAUGGCUAGAAGGAAUAGUUUCCCAGCAGUCUCAGGUCGACGAACGUACCGCAAUGGAAUCCGCCACAGCUAUUGCAACCGAAGCAGUUGUCAGUAUCAAGACAGUUCAGAGCUUAGGUGUCGAGCCAAUUUUCCUGAAGAGGUUCGAAGAAGCCUUAGAAGUGGCUUGUGUAGCUGUUGCCAAGAAGACUCGCUGGAGAGGCCUGGUCCUCGGCUUGGGAGUCUACGUGCCAUUCAUGGCUUAUUGCAGUGCAACCGUCUAUGGUGCCGUCUUGGUUGCCUAUGGAGAGAUAGAAUAUAAAAUUGUUUUGCUGGUGAACGAAGCCAUUAUGUAUGGGGCAUACAUGUUAGGCCAGUCUUUGGUGUACGUUCCGAGCUUCAAUUCAGCCAAGACCUGUGGUGCGAGAAUCCUUUCAGUCAUCAGAAGAACUCCCAGAGUAAAAACAGAAGAUGGAAUACGAGACAAAAAGGACUGGACAGCGACAGGAAACUUCAGUGUACGAGACGUAGAGUUUAGUUACCCGACUCGCCCGCACCAGAGAAUUCUGAAAGGCAUUGAUCUAAAAGUGGAGGCCGGCAAGACCGUGGCUUUAGUGGGCUCCUCGGGCUGCGGCAAGUCCACAGUACUGCAGCUCAUCCAAAGAUUCUACGACCCGGAUUCCGGUAACAUUGAACUCGACAGUCGCGACAUCAGGUCGUCGCUGACGCUGCCGCGGCUGCGACGCCAGCUGGGCGUGGUGCAACAGGAGCCCGUGCUGUUCGACCGCACGCUCGCAGAGAACAUUGCCUACGGAGACAACCAUAGAAAAGUCACCAUGCAUGAGAUUGUGGCUGCCGCUAAGGCUGCCAAUAUACAUAGCUUUAUUGUCUCCUUGCCUAAAGGCUACGAGACGAACCUGGGGUCUGGCGGCGCGCAGCUGUCGGGCGGGCAGAAGCAGCGCGUGUGCAUCGCGCGCGCACUCAUCAGGUCGCCGCGCCUGCUGCUGCUCGACGAGGCCACCUCCGCGCUCGACGCCAACAGCGAGCGGGCGGUCUCGGAAGCGCUAGAGAAGGCAGCCAAGGGCCGCACGUGUAUCACAAUCGCACAUCGACUCUCCACCAUCAAAGACGCGGACCUCAUCUGUGUGCUGGACAAAGGUAAAAUCGUGGAACGUGGUUCUCACUCGGAACUAAUCAGCCAGCGAGGCUAUUACUGGAAAAUGUGUAAAGGACAAAACAUGGUUUAAUUAUUGUAAGAACUUCAAAAAUCUGUCUUCAACCACUCAAUUUUUUUGCAACAGAAAAUAGUUCUAACCCGAUCAGUAUUUCUUAUAAGUACAUCUCAGUGAUGAAGAUCUCCAAUGACAAUAAGUUAUAAUAAUAAGCCUUACUUGUACAGAAUCUACAUAGAUUAUUAUAACUUCAGUUGUUCCAUGGCGUCAGUAUUAAAACCAAGCCAUAUUGCAUUUGUAUCAUAAUUUAAUUUAAAUAUUACUCGAAUAUAUUCUCAUAAAUAGCUAAUAUACCUUUUGGGAGUCUAAUAAGAUAUUUAAUUACUACAAUAGCAUUUUAAAUCAUUUUAGAUUGAAUAUAAUUUUGUUUCACGUGCUUUAGUUAUCUCGGUAGCCCAAUCGAUAUAAAUAAUUUAGAAUAAGAAUACCUUUAUUGUUUACUUCGUUUUUUCGUGUUUCUUGUUAAUGAGAAGUAAUGAAAAUUUUAUAUUAAGUCAAGUUUAUCACUGCGCUAUUUUUGUAAGAUUUUUAGUAUUAGUGGGUAAGAUGAGUUGUCAAUAACGCUAUAAAAGUUAGUUGUAUUGUUACGAUGUAACGAUCUAUAAGCAGCUUUCUCCAUGAAUCUUUUCAAUAUCUUGAGUCUCGAGUGUCCAGUGUAUAAAAAUUAUCUACACGAGCAUAAUAGGGCUCAUAAGGAGUGUCUAAUUGUAUACGGGAUGUAACUUCCAAUAGAAUGUAAGUGUUCUUUUUACGUUAAAUAUAAAAAUCUCUUAUGAAA